AUGUCCGAGCAAUUGCAAGAAGAAAAACCUGCUCCCCAGGAACAAGUUGAGGUCAAGGGAGAGACUGAUAAGAAGGAAGAGUCAUUCGAAAUAGAAAGCAAGCCUGGAGAUCCUGCAAAGCGGAAGAACGAGGAUGAGAGUCAGGAGAAAAAGAAGAAGAGAAAGCACUCGAGGCGCAAGUACGACGAUGUUCCACCUGCAGACGAUAAAGAUUCUGACGAAGAGGAGGAGGACGUUGACGAUGACAACCUCGUUGUUGAAGAAGAGGAGGAAGAUGACCUGCAAGAAAUUGACACUGCCAACAUCAUCACGACUGGAAGAAGAACUCGAGGCAGGGUUGUGGACUACAGCAAAGUCAACGAGCAAUUGAGCAAAGAGGAGAGCACUUCUCUCAAUGACGAUGAUGGUGAGGAGGACGGAGAUUUUAAAGAGCCUGAGGCAAAGGAUCAAUGA